UGAUCUCCCACGGAGAUGGCAGGUAUAAAAUGGCCCACUUUGCCGGCUGUUCAUCAGUCUUCUCACAAUCGUCGAGCAAUCAACAUGACCGGAGUGAAAUCGUUGUACUUCUUGGGCCUGGUUCUCAUGGGCCUGGCUGCCAUCCAGGCAGCCGAUGCAGAGCAGGUUGUCGGAGGAGUCUCUCAGCUGGAGGGCGACCGCAGGAAGGAGGCCCUCACCCUCCUGGACACCACCCUGAGCCAGUUGGCCACCGGAGAUGGUCCCGACUACAAGGCUGUAAAUGUGACCUCUGUGACCGGCCAGACUGUUUCCGGAACCAAGUACACCUACGAGGUGGAGCUGAACAAUGGAUCCGACAAGAAGCAGUGCACCGUGCAGAUCUGGUCCCAGCCCUGGCUGCCUAAGGACGGCACCAACAUCAAGAUCAAGUGCGCCGGCGACGAGGGCGAGCUGGACCGCACCUGGUAGAGGGUUCUUCCCCCUCGGCAGUCGAGUUUACGGCCCACAACAACUCCACUUCCUAUGAAAAAGGUUUCCCUUCGAAAUAAACAAAGCUCAUGGCUGUAUAAACCCGA